UUCAUUCCCUCAAAAACUCAUUCAUUCUCCAUUCAUUGCCCUCAUGCUCAUCACAAAUGCUCUCAUGGCUUCAACUAAAACAAAAUUAUUCGCCUGGCUCUUCCUCCUCUUCAAUGUGGCCUGACUCUUACUUAGAAAAAAAGAAUAUAAUGUACAUUUUUAUUUUUAUUUUUUCUUGCUUUAACCCAUUUUUCUUUUUCUUUUUUUGCCUCUUAAUUUUGGCCGCCUUUGACAUAAAUAAAGGCGGCAUAUUAAAAAUAUUGUAA